GCACAACCUCUCCAUGCCGCCGGGUGGUGGUGUAGUUGGGCCGGGCAGUAUUGGCGGUAUGCCGGUGGGAGGAGCGGUCGGCUACGCACCGUUUUCGGUGAACGAAGCGAUGCUGAUGGCGGCGGCAGCGGCCAGCACCGGCGUUGGCGGCAGCGUUGGCCCACUCGGCGGUGGAAACAGCUUGGGCGUGAUCGGUGGCCCGAUUGGUGUCGGGUCGGUUUCUACGGUCGGACCUGCGUCACUCGUCGUCGGUGGAUCAGCAGCAGCAGCAGCCGUUAGUGUCGGUGGUGUUAGCAGUCAUCAUCUCAUCGGUGGCACCGGAAGUAGCAUUAGCAACAGUAGUAGUAGUAGUAGUAGCACCAAUGGAGGAGGAGGAGGAGGAGGCUUAGGACUAGCAGGGCCGUUAGGGGGUGGGACCGUUGGUGCGGGGUCCGGCUCGGCCAGCGGUGGUAGCGGUGUAGGUUCGGGCGGAAGCGGUAUAGUUAGCAGUAGUAGUGCGAAAGGACACGGUCGGGGGCCACCGGGCGCUCCGAGCGAUCGCGACGAAUCAUCACCUAUGGUUGGUGUUUGCGUGCAGCCGAGUCCAGUUAUCAUUCACUGACACUGAACACAGACAGACACAUAGCCCACAAGUGCAUACCGUUUUUUUUGUUGUUGCUUGCAUAAACUUUGCAAAACAUACAUAGUAGGGAGGGGGAAAUCGAUGGAAGGAUACAAGGUACGUGCACCGCCCCCCCCCCCUUCCCCUUUAACACACACGUUUGCUUACCACAGGAUGCUAGUAGAGCGCAGCUGAAUCUGAAUCCGUUUACAUCGCGUAUCACCUUCACUCGACUCAAACCAUGCCACGUUCCAUCUUCAUACUCAUCAGCAUUUGCCAGCAUGUAGACGGGUGGGUGCUUGUUCUUUUUCUUCAACAGCACAAAAUACCACUUUGCAAACCACCGCCUGUCCUGCGUGGGCAGCGGUCCAAUCACGUCCAGGCGCGCAAUCAUCAUCAAACAAGCUUCAUCCAAUUAAUCCAUUGGUAGUGAGGAAAAGGGUGCGCGAUUUUGUGCGACUGUGGUGCAAUGGGUCCGAUCCACCAAUACAAAUAGCGUCGUAGACUAGUGCAGUGUGGGAAACUUUCGGGCCAUUUUCGGCCCAGUUUCCAGCUCCCUCUGGGGUAGCUGCUGUUGUUCCUUUACUGGCUUUGCUUUGUCUCCCAGUCGAAUAUGGGGUUCGGCCGCGAAUUGAUGCCAAACACCGAUGAGCCAGGUUCAGCAGCUGUGCGCCGCUAAUUUUUGUAGGACGGCGUAGAAGGAUGUAGACACGUGCAGGCAGCCAGGGGAGCGGAGGUGUUUCGUUUUAACACAGGAAAAGAAACGGCGAGGCGUUACACAAAUAAGAUAAACAGUUUUUUGCUAAUGGUACUGCCACGUAACAAUCGGUUUUGGAGCAACAGGCGACAAUGUACACAUACAUCCUUGUAGGGAGGGACAGAUGAUAACAUCUGCUCGUUUUUUUAAGCGCUUAAACCAUGUGUGGUUAGGGAGAGAGCGAUCGAGAGAGAGAGAGAGAGAAAGAAAGAUAGAGAACGCGGUGUGCGCGGUCUCUUGUGCGGUCGUUCGUUUGCGGCGUGAUGAUGCCCGCGCCAAACAGUCCAAAACGGUAAUGAUGUGUUCCGAAAGGUUUAAUGAAUUCCUAUUACUACCAAUCUCUGUGUUCUCCGGCAGGAAGUGAGCAGGAAGCUGUGCGUAUGUGUGUGUGCGUGUGUGUGCGUAUGCGUGUGUGUGUGUAUGUGGUAUGCAAUUCUCCGUGGGUUGAGGGGGAACCCGAAACUAGUGAAAUAAGAGCGUGAAAGGUUUUAAUGAUGAUGAUGAUGAUGAUGAUGAUGAUGAUGCAACAUGCAUGCUCCGCUCGUAAAUAGCCACGGUGUACUGGUGUGUGAACUCGGCAUUCUCGCGUAGUUGUGUGCAUUUUUGUCCCACCACUUCUACACUGCAAAUUCAUUUCUAUUUCAAACCCUUAUUGGGCUUCGGAAAAAGCAACAUACUAUUAUUGUAUCGGUAGAUCAGAAUUGUUUUACAUAUUACGGCCACGGACGGAGUGAACCCCUUAGUAGCAGAAUUGAAAUAUUUUACGGAAUUGUGAAUAGUAUACGGUUCGGUUCAAGGGACUGCUACCCGAGAUGCACGCGUGCAGCACUAAUGGGCCUAGCUGUUUGUCCAUAUUGGUGCGGUGAAUUCAGCGGUGUGGUUUUGUGAAGGAAAGUUAUUUUUUAGUGAGAAUGUUGGUCGUGACAUUCAUUUAGAAUGAAGAUUACAUUUGAAUGUGGCUUAAACACGAUGGAAUUGGUUUGAUGAACAAAACAUUUUGCACCGGUAUACUAAUUCCCUGUGGGUGGUGUGGAUCGAAUGGGAAUAUGAACUGUGAACUUCACGACGAACCUGUUGCCUGUGCCGCUCUGGAAGGGCGCACAGAAAUCUUAACAAUUAAUUUCUUUUUUCAUCUCGUCUUAUCCUUCGAUCGAGAGCUUGGAUGUUGCCAUGCUUCACCAAAAUAAAACUCGUCGUCAUUGGGACUGGAUGAAUGCUAACCGAUCCCGGUGGCUACCGGUUAUCGUCUGUUGUGAGCGGUAGGGCAGUGUGAUGCGGACGGGGGCUGUUAGUAAAAGUGGGUGGGCUUAGGACAAGUAAGCAGCGUAAGGUUAGACAAUUGGGAAACUUUAAAAUGCGUUUAUGGGCGGAUAAUUUUUGUCGCGAUGCUUUUUUCCCUUCUUCCUGUUUCUCUGCGGCGAUCAUACAUUGAUAACGGAAGGAAACGCGCGUUAGAAAUCCUAGGAGAAAGGAAGGGGAACUGUUUGCGUCAAAAACAGACCCGGCGGAAGGCAAAAAGUCUGUUUGUUUUUUUUACGCACGGAAGGGUUUGUUGGCAUCGGUGGCGGAAAGGCGGAUGAAGCAAAUGCAGGAGCUCGGUGUAAAGCAUGGGAGGAACAUGAAUGUACAUAUUAACUGAUUAGCACUAAUGAUAAAUAUCAAUAAUUAAUAUAGUAAUAUUAUUAAACGAAGAAGCAGAAGACGGCAACAAAACAAGGAAAAACACACACACACACAAUAAAACAAAACACGGAUUGUAAAUGAAUGGCGUGUGCGGAAUAAGUCAAAAAAUGGACGGUUAGAUUUGCAAUUUGCUAAGCUGCAGCAGCUGUACCGGCAAAUCGCGAAGGUGUAGGUUGAUAGGGAUGAUAUGUACCGAAAUCCAACACACACAUACACACAAACACAUACAAACAAACAUAUACAUACAUACGCAUACAGUACGUUUAAGUAAGAAAAUGGUGAAAAGAAACAAAAAAAAAAGAAUUACUAUACCGUAAGUGAAAAGAAAUAGAUCAAAUAACUAAAGAAAGUAAAUUAAUUAAAUUAAUUAUACUAAAACAAACGGAAAGGAAAGGAAGAAAGACAACGGCACGAGAUAGAAAAAGGAAGGAGAAAGCAAAGCAACAAAAAAAAACACACACACACACACACACAUCCGUAAAUGCAAACCAACACAGCAUGGCGCAAUGAAGAGGAAAUAAAUAUGCAAAACGAACGAAGAAGGUCGAAAAGUAAUAAGAAAUAAAAAAAGAAAGAAGCAAAUUGGCACCUAUUUGGAAAGUUGGGGUGAAAAAAAAGCUACACAAAAAGAGAAAAUGGUAACACACCACGUACACAAGCACAGAGAUACAAAACCACCUACCAAGAGACACAUAUGUAGAAGAGAACACAACAAUAAACGGCAUAGUGUGCAAAAGAAAUGGUGGUAAAGAAUAGAAAGUAAAGCUUAGUGCGCCGAACCACAAACGCUAAAGAACAAUGUGGAAGAGAAAGAAGAAAACAUUACAAUACACACAUACACACACACACACACAUCUACCAGCAGCAGAUGAGAGCAAAACAACAGUGGGCAACAGAAUGUUUGCAACGGGGGAAAAGAUCAACAGGAAGUAGUAGCAGUUGUGUUAUCUCAAUCCGCCUCCCCCCCCUCCCUCUUCCUAAUCUAUGUUCUGGUGUACGAGCAGCGUGUUAGUAUGGCGGUGUGCAGUGUGUGUGUAUCAUUUUUUAUAAGCUAUGGUAAAUAUAGCGCUUUACUCUGUACCCUCUGUGUAAAGAAAAUGCAAUCUACCCUAACAAAAAACAAAAAUCCUUAUAAUAGUGGAAUGCUAAAGGAAACAGCAAACAAAAGAGGGAGAGAGUCAAGCAAACAGACAAGCAUUGGAAAUAAGAUACAUUGCGUGUGAAACUAAUAAGACCCAAUUGGCAGCGAAAGCAGAGCGUGAACAGUGAGUUCGAAAAAGAGAGAUAGAGAGAGAGAGAGACAGAGAGAAAGAGAGAGAGAGAGAGAGAGAGAGAAAAUAG